AACCGCCCUUGGAGGAGAUGGAAGGGGAGAGGCGGCCGGCGCCGGGCCCGCCUUCCCAGGGCCUGUUCGCGGACGGACACCUGGUCCUGUGGACGCUGUGCUCCGUGCUGCUGCCGGUGUUCAUCACCUGCUGGUGCAGCCUCCAGCGGUCGCGCCGGCAGCUGCACCGCAGGGACAUCUUCCGCAAGAGCAAGCACGGAUGGCGCGACACCGACCUGUUCAGCCAGCCCACCUACUGCUGCUUGUGUGCGCAGCAUAUCCUGCAGGGCGCCUUCUGCGACUGCUGCGGGCUCCGCGUGGACGAGGGCUGCCUCAAGAAGGCCGACAAGCGCUUCCAGUGCAAGGAGAUCAUGCUCAAGGGCGACGGCAGGGGCCUGGACCCCAUGCCCCACCACUGGAUCCGGGGCAACGUGCCCCUGUGCAGCUACUGUGUGGCCUGCAAGCAGCAGUGCGGCAGUCAGCCCAAGCUCUGCGAUUACAGGUGCAUUUGGUGCCAAAAAACAGUACAUGAUGAAUGCAUGGAAAAUAGCUUAAAAAAUGAGAAGUGUGAUUUUGGAGAAUUUAAAAACCUCAUCAUUCCACCAAGUUAUUUAACCUCCAUUAAUCAAAUGCGUAAAGACAAAAAAACAGAUUAUGAAAUGCUAGCCUCUAAGCUUGGAAAGCAGUGGACGCCAUUAAUAAUUCUGGCCAACUCUCGUAGUGGGACUAAUAUGGGAGAAGGACUGUUGGGAGAAUUUAGGAUCUUGUUGAAUCCAGUCCAGGUUUUUGAUGUAACUAAAACUCCCCCUAUCAAAGCCCUACAACUUUGUACUCUUCUCCCAUAUUAUUCAGCUCGAGUACUUGUGUGUGGAGGGGAUGGGACUGUGGGCUGGGUCCUGGAUGCAGUUGAUGAAAUGAAGAUUAAGGGACAAGAAAAGUACAUUCCACAAGUUGCAGUCUUGCCUCUGGGCACAGGCAAUGAUUUAUCCAAUACAUUGGGUUGGGGCACAGGUUAUGCUGGAGAAAUCCCAGUCGCACAGGUCUUAAGAAAUGUAAUGGAAGCAGAUGGAAUUAAACUAGAUCGGUGGAAAGUUCAAGUAACAAAUAAAGGAUACUACAACUUAAGAAAACCCAAGGAAUUCACGAUGAACAACUAUUUUUCUGUUGGACCUGAUGCUCUCAUGGCUCUCAAUUUUCAUGCUCAUCGUGAGAAGGCACCCUCUCUGUUUUCUAGCAGAAUUCUUAAUAAGGCUGUUUACUUAUUCUAUGGAACCAAAGAUUGUUUAGUGCAAGAAUGUAAAGAUUUGAAUAAAAAAGUUGAGCUAGAGCUGGAUGGUGAGCGAGUGGCACUGCCCAAUUUGGAAGGUAUCAUAGUUCUGAACAUUGGAUACUGGGGCGGUGGCUGCAGACUUUGGGAAGGGAUGGGGGACGAGACUUACCCUCUAGCCAGGCACGAUGAUGGUUUACUGGAAGUCGUUGGAGUAUAUGGGUCUUUCCACUGUGCUCAAAUUCAAGUGAAACUGGCAAAUCCUUUUCGAAUAGGACAGGCACAUACAGUGCGGCUUAUUUUGAAGUGCUCGAUGAUGCCAAUGCAGGUGGAUGGGGAGCCAUGGGCCCAAGGGCCCUGCACAGUCACCAUAACUCACAAGACACAUGCAUUGAUGUUAUAUUUCUCUGGAGAGCAAACAGAUGAUGACAUCUCUAGUACUUCGGAUCAAGAGGACAUAAAGGAGAUUGAGUAGAUGAAUGAGGAAGUGAAGACAUAACAUAGACUCCUCACAAGCAAAGUAGACACAUGUUCAUCAAAAAGUAGAAAUUCUCUAUCAGCUAUUCAGUCGUAAUAAUACUACUUGUGAGUAGUAUAAGGAGUAUGCAUUUAUGUAAAUAGCAUCCCCAGAACAGUGAACUUCCUGUUGUUUACAAUUGCCUGUUCUUUUUUCAGCAGAACUACUUUGAUCAUACAGUAUUAACUUUUUGAAAGUCACAAAAGUGAAAUGUUUUUUGUGGCUAUGUGUUUUGAGAGUGGGACUCACUCUGGAGUAUGCAGUGGCUCAUCCCUUAUUCUUGAACCGCACAUUUGAUGGAUACUUUGUACAUCCAACAAGAUAUGGGUAGAAGGAUCAUUUCUGUGUUAUUUUUUAAUGUGAUGAUAUCAUAUGUAGCAUUUUAAAAAUUAACUUGCUUAUUUUGAAAGAAAAUGAUUAAUGUCAAACAAGCAUGGGUAAUUCAGGGCAUCCUCCCACAGCAUGCCUCUAAGUUUUCCUACAGUCCAAGCCGACUGGUUUCGUAUGUGCUGAUUUCUAGGAAUCCCCAAAAGGAGAAAUGUAAAAGACAAUAGUUAAAAUUUGUUUUAUGAUUUCUAUUUUAGGAACGUAUUGAAACACCUAAGUGUUGUUUAACCAUGUUAGUGACUGUGUUGAGCUGAAAUGCAGGAUUUUUUUAUAACCCCAGUAUAGCCAAAAAAGAACCAGGUAAGAGGACAUAAAGGAAAAUAAAUGAAAGUAAAUAAUAAAAUA